CUGGAGAAGAAACCGUAGAAAAUUUAGCCGCAAGGGCCAAAGAAUCUCUCUUACCUACCAAAUCAAAAACUGCUUAUGAAAAUAUGUAUGCGGCGUAUAAAAAGUGGUGUAAAACGAAGAAAAUUUUAAAAACGACAUAAGACAGUAUUCUGGCUUACUUCAGUAGUGAAUUGAAAACUUAUAAAAGUUCUUCGCUAUGGACUAAGUACUCAAUGUUACGAGCAACAAUCAAUUUGAAUGAAGGGAUAGAUAUAAGUACAUUUCCCAGCGUCAUUCCUUACCUUAAACGAAAGGCAGAGGGAUACAAACCGAAAAAAUAUUUGACCCUAAGUAAACAAGAUGUGGAUAAAUUUCUAUCUGUAGCAGAUGAAAAGCACUAUUUAUUAAGCAAGGUUAUUCUCAUAUUUGGCGUUGCUGGUGCAUGCCGACGCCACGAAUUGGUUUCUUUGACUACAACUGCUGUACAUGAUAGUGGAACGCAUUUCUUAGUAAAACUUACUGACACGAAAUCAAAAAAAAAUAGAUCCUUCAUAGAAAUAAUCAGGAGGUACAUGCGUCUUCGACCAGCUUAUAUUACCCACAGCCGAUUUUUUAUGAAUUAUAUAAAAGGAGAAUGCACUGUGCAACCAGUUGGAGUGCACAAAAUUGCCGGAGUACCAAGAGUCGUUGCGCAAUUUCUCGGUUUGGAAAACCCGUCUUCAUAUACCGGGCAUUGUUUUAGACGAACAUCGGCAACUAUAUUAGCAAAUUCCUGGGCUACAAUGGAAAGUAUCAAGCGGCUGGGAGGCUGGCGUUCGUCAACCGUAGCGGAAGGCUACAUAGAUGAAUCGGAGAAUACUAAAAUAAGUGUUGCCACCAGAAUAUUGGGCCAGGAAGUAGUUGAUGCUAACUUGGUCCGAGGUAGUAGCAAUGAUGAAACAUCGAGAGUAUUCCAGAUUGAAAACUGUGCUUCCACUUCGAGCUCGACCUCAGGCAUGCAUUUUUAUAAUAACAAAGAAUGUGUAUUUAAUAUUCAC